GCGUGGGGCCCGGCUGCACCGAUGAGACCCUCCUCUCAGCCAUCGCCAGCGCCCUCCACACCAGCACAAUGCCCAUCACGGGGCAGCUCUCCGCCGCCGUCGAGAAGAACCCCGGCGUCUGGCUGAACACCUCGCAGCCCCUCUGCAAAGCCUUCAUGGUGACUGACGAAGACAUCAGGAAGCAGGAGGAGCUGGUCCAGCAGGUGCGGAAGAGGCUGGAAGAGGCCCUGAUGGCAGACAUGCUGGCCCACGUGGAGGAGAUCGCCAGGGACGGAGAGGCCCCCGCCGAGAAGCUGCGGGGAGAGGAAGACGGGGAGGACGAUGAGGAAGACGACGUGGAUCGCGGCCCGGAGAUCGAGAACGUAUAGUCAGAGAGCGGCUGCAGGUGAGUUUUCAGCUGAGAAUUCUCAACUCAUCCCCGUCUUUGCAGAGGCGAAUGUGUCUUCAGACUACAUUAAUGCACCAGCAACGUUACCAUCUGCGUGGACGUCAUUGGCAUCUGUUGGUGGAACGCCUCGUGAAGCCAGUGACUUGGUAGAUGCUGGAUAAUUCUGAAGGAGGACUUGUAUUAUACCCAUAUUCUACUCCCAUCCUCUUUUCCUUUUUUUUCCCCUUUCCUUGAAAGUAUCACAGGCAGCCGGGAGGGAAGACAGAGGGCUUUGUAGAAUGAGGUCAAAACCACACACCGAGUUCCCAGAUCACUGAUCCGGUCUGAGCAGGGAUCCCUGCUCUUUUGUUAACACUCCUGGUUUCCUCUCUGUCCACGAUCCUCUGUCAUCAUUUCUACUUGUGAGAUCUUGCCACGAAGUUCCUGUGUAAGGUUUGUGUGGGUUUUCAAAUCCCAGAGGUGUAAACGAGGUGCCUUUCCAUCUGGGGUUGAGGGUGGGCUUUGGGAACCUUAUAUUUCCAUGUUCCGGUCCCCUUUUUGUAUCCUGGAGGAACCCUACCGCAGAUCCAGCACUCAUGUACAAACGGUUUUUAUGGAAAUGCUGGCAUGUGGCUUUUUUUGCAUGCCUUGGAAACGUACAUGUGGAGAAGAACUUGGCGAUGGAAAAGUGCAGAUCAGUUGGCCUCUUGUAAUGAGAAUAGCAGAGGGAAGGAAAAAGAAUUCCUCUGUUCCAUUUUUCUGUUGUGCUGGAUGCAGUGUGUGUGGGGGGGUGGUUUUUGUGUGUCUCCCGUAAUAAUUUUAAAGUAUAUAUUAAGAAAAUGAUAAAUGUCUAAAUGCAUAGAUGAGGCAUGGAGUUAAACAAUCCAACAAUGGAAGAACACAGACCUUAAUGUGUUUUGGCAUUAGCUGGGGUUUUCUAUGCUGGGAGGGGAAGUUGCAUUGAGUACUGAUGGUGCUGGUGUGUGUUUGGCCCCAUAGAUAUUCCAUACACACACACCUUGCUUUCGCCGCCUGCCCAAGUUGGGAGAAAGGGAGUCAGCAUUCAGGCUGGGAUGCAGUUUUCUUUUGUGGGCGGGGAGGGGAGAAAUGCAGCUAACCCCACAUGCACAACACUCCACUGAUUCUUGCUACUGAAAACCAGUGCCUUCUGUGUUUGAGGGUGAAGUCCUAUGACCAAAUCCCUGAAAGGCUUUUAUCGAAAUGGCUCUUUAUGAUGCGUUUUGAACUUUCGGGGAACAAAUAAUACAAGUAGAGAGGAGUUCUAACCAUGUCAGUUCUAGGCCGAACUUUAUUUAGGAGAGCUGUUUCCCAAUGUAGCUGCUAGUCAGGAAUUUAGGAUAUCCCCCCCAAAAAAGUUUUGUUUGUUGCAAUCCAUCAAUUAAAUCAGACCCGGCUACCUUUCCCUGUUCGGUUUUAUUUCCCCACGGUCAAUUGCCUGUAUGGGGGGGAAAAUUCCAUUUUUUUUCUAGAAAACCCUGGCAGAUUGUGUGCUGUAGAAAAGAGACGAUCACUAUGGGAAAGCGCACCACUGGUAAAUGUGUACACGCUUUUGAGAUUUGUGGCCGGGGGUGGGAGCCCAUUGGAUUAGUUUUCUUCAUGGUCUCCGAUCAGACUUGAUAGGCUGCGGCGGGCAAGCGUUCCUGUGUUUCAAAAACAAAAGCAGCUUCCCGGGUUGCCCCGUGCAGAUUUCGGAAAGUUCUCGAGCAUCCUUUUUAUGUAUUCCAAACACGCACUCCAUUCUCUUACUGCUAACGAUAAAAUGCGUAUUGUGUUAGCAUCUUAAUGUACAGUUCUUGUUGCGGAAUAUUAGUUUUGUAAUAAA